UUUGUAAUAUAACUCUAAGCUUUGUUAGCAUGGAUAUAUUUGACAAAGGUUUCAGUUUGACAUAGGCAGACAUUAAAUAUCAUAUUUACUCUUCAACACUGAUACUCAGCUCCAAUCCAAUGACAGACACUCCUAACCAUCUAACAUCUCCCACACACACAGCCUCACUCUCUCUUUCUUUUUCUUACACACACAAACACACACGCACAUUGCUCCACAUUGGCUUUAACUCAAUUCUAUUCUGGUGAUCAUAACUAUUUGAUGACAGAGCUUCUGGUUUCUCAACCACCCUUUUGCACACACGAUCUAGCUUUGAAUUAUUUAGCACGGGGAGCUAAAAAGGUGGUCUCUUAAAACAGCAGGUACACUCAAACUCAGGAAGCAGGACACACAAGCUUUCUUAUCCAGGCACCCACCCACUCCUCUAUCGCAGCUCUACGCUCUUAUAUAUCACUCCAUUCUUUCAUCCAUUUAUCAGUACAUUCAUUCUCCGCAUCAGGAACCACCAGCUGAUGUGAAUUAGCCCCAGGUGAGGCACUUUUUGGAUGGACUGACGGUCUCACAGCGUCCCCUCCUCAAACAGCCACCAUGGAGGAACUCCAGAGAAAACUGGAUCAGCACUAUGAAGGCACCAAGCCCAGAAAGGUGAGGUUCAAGCUGGCGUCGUCCUACAGCGGUCGAGUGCUGAAGCACGUGUACGAGGACGGGCAGGAGCUGGAUAGUCCCGAGGAGAAGUACCCUCACAGCUUCGUUCACCGCAAGAUCCCCCCCAGCCACCUGGAGGUGGAGCAGCUCUGUGGCUUUGAGGAUGCUCAUGGGGACGAAGCGGGUGGGUUUUUAUCAUUUUGUCAUAUAUAA